AUGACUACCGUCCAGGGACAAGAUAUAAUUUCUUGCUGUUUCUGUCCUAAUUCUGUGGAACAUCACUGCAACCCUUGCCACAUUGGCAUCUGCAACGAAUGUGUAUCCUCACACCUUGCCGACAAAUCAAGAGAACACGAAGUUGUAGACUAUAAAUCACGGAAAAAGGACACACUUGCUUUUUCUUUUUGUAACACACACGAAGAAAACCAAUGCGCGACAUUCUGCAAAACCUGUGGAAUACCAGUUUGCCAUGAUUGUAUUACGGGAUCUCACAAAGGUCACGCUUUUAUAGGAAUAAAAAAUAUAAUUGAAAAAUAUAAGUCCCGAAUAAAAGCUGAUACCCAUGAAUUGCAAAAUAUUAUUGUUCCCAAAUUCACUGAAGUCGGGUCUCUUAUGCCUGCUGCUGAGUUUGGCAAAAUUCUCUCAGAAAUAAAGGACCAAGAAGAUAAAAUGUGUGAAGCAGUACAUCAAGAAGCUGUUCUAUUACGAGAAUUAGUGAACAAACAGAAAAAAGAAGCUGAAGGGGCGAACGAGGAAAACACGACCUUGGUAGAAAACACUGAAAAAGAGCUUAAUGCAAUAAUGCAGAAAAACAAUAGUCUUCUCAGAUCGAGUGAUGCCACAGCCAUAAUAAACUACAAACCAUUUGAUCCAAACUUAAGAAAGGGUCCACAAAUACGUAAAAUUCAUUGUCCAAACUUUUCUCCCAGUCCAAUUAAUCAACAUCAAAUUCGAAGUAUGUUUGGUUCACUUCAGUUCAGCGAUGUUUCAAACAGGCAGUCUGGUAUUUUAAAGAUGAUGGACAGUCCUACACUUCUUGAAACUAUUCAGAGUCCUUACGGAAAAUCAGGAAAAAAGUUGUGGCAGGUGAAAUGUAUUGGAAAAGAUGAGAUCUUGACAAGUGGAAAUGGCAAAACACUAAAAAAAAUAAGCAAGAGUGGUUCUAUCAUAGACGAUAUAAUAACAAAAUUUGAUAUUUCAAUAUUGUCUACUAAUGUAUAUGAGGAACCAGUGUUCACAGCAGCGUCCUUACAUGAUACGAAAGUUUACGUUUAUAGCGAUGGUAAAGUUGGCAUACUUUUGGAAUUAGGGGAUUGGUAUCCGAGAGGUAUUUGCCAUACUAAAACAAGAGAUUUGCUGGUUAGCAUGCGCUCCAAGGAUUGGAGUCAAUGUAAAGUAGUGUUGUAUUCAGGAAAGACACAGAUUCAAGUGAUUCAAUAUGACAGAGAAGGAAGGCCUUUGUUUUCUACCAGCUCCCGCUCCCAGCUUCGUCUGACAGAGAAUGGUAAUGGAGAUAUAUGUGUUGCCGAUUACUCUGCAAAUGCUGUUAAAGUCGGUGACUCGUUUGGAGAAUUAAGAUUCAAGUAUCUGGGUAAUAUCUCCACAUCAUCCGAGUACAUGGAGUUUCAGCCAUCAGAUAUUGCUGCUGACAUCAACCACCAAAUCCUGAUAAGUGAUUUUGCAAACAAUAUAAUUCACAUCAUAGACUGUGAUGGGAAAUUCCUUCGUUAUAUUAAACGCCCGUGUUCUGCAGGAAUAAGUAUUAACACCGACGACAAUCUCGUUCUGGGCGAAUACUACACGGGGAAGAUCAGAAUUAUUAAAUACCUGGAGUGA